AUGGCAUUCCAGGCAGUUUGCAUCUUGGUUGGAGUAUUUGUUUGUUCUACCUAUGUGAAAGGAUCGUCUCAGCCCCAAGCAAGAGUUUACUUAACAUUUGAUGAGCUUCGAGAAACCAAGACAUCUGAAUACUUCAGCCUAUCCCAACACCCUUUAGACUACAGGAUAUUAUUAAUGGAUGAAGAUCAGGACCGGAUGUACGUGGGCAGCAAAGAUCACAUUCUUUCCUUGAAUAUUAACAACAUAAGUCAAGAACCUUUGAGUGUUUUCUGGCCAGCAUCUGCAAUCAAAGUCGAAGAGUGCAAAAUGGCUGGCAAAGAUCCCACACAUGGCUGCGGGAACUUUGUCCGUGUAAUUCAGGCCUUCAACCGCACGCAUUUGUAUGUCUGUGGGAGUGGUGCUUUCAGCCCAGUCUGUGCUUAUUUGAACAGAGGGAGGAGAUCAGAGGACCAAGUUUUCAUGAUUGACUCCAAGUGUGAAUCUGGAAAAGGACGCUGCUCUUUCAACCCCAAUGUGAACACAGUGUCUGUUAUGAUCAAUGAAGAGCUUUUCUCUGGAAUGUAUAUAGAUUUCAUGGGGACAGAUGCAGCUAUUUUUCGAAGUUUAACCAAGAGGAAUGCAGUCAGAACUGAUCAACACAAUUCCAAAUGGCUAAGUGAACCUAUGUUUGUGGAUGCACAUGUCAUACCAGAUGGCACUGAUCCAAACGAUGCUAAGGUGUAUUUCUUCUUCAAAGAGAAGCUGGCUGACAAUAGCAGAAGUACAAAACAGAUUCAUUCCAUGACUGCUAGGAUAUGUCCCAACGACACGGGUGGACUGCGUAGCCUUGUCAACAAGUGGACUACUUUCUUAAAAGCGAGGCUGGUGUGUUCAGUAACUGAUGAAGAUGGCCCAGAGACACACUUUGAUGAAUUAGAGGAUGUGUUUCUGCUGGAAAUGGAUAACCCAAGGACAACACUAGUGUAUGGCAUUUUUACAACAUCAAGCUCAGUCUUUAAAGGAUCAGCAGUAUGUGUGUAUCAUUUCUCUGACAUACAGACUGUGUUUAAUGGGCCUUUUGCGCACAAAGAAGGGCCCAAUCAUCAGCUGAUUUCCUACCAGGGGAGAAUUCCGUAUCCUCGCCCUGGGACUUGCCCAGGAGGAGCAUUUACACCCAAUAUGCGAACCACGAAGGAGUUCCCGGAUGAUGUUGUCACUUUUAUUCGGAACCACCCCCUCAUGUACAAUUCCAUCUACCCAAUACAUAGAAGGCCCUUGAUUGUUCGUAUAGGCACUGACUAUAAGUACACAAAAAUAGCUGUGGAUCGAGUGAAUGCUGCUGAUGGUACAUACAAUGUCCUGUUUCUUGGAACAGAUCGGGGCACUGUGCAGAAGGUGGUUGUUCUUCCUACUAACAGCUCUGCUCGCGGUGAGCUCAUUCUGGAGGAGUUGGAAGUCUUUAAGAAUCAUGCUCCUAUAACAACAAUGAAAAUUUCAUCCAAAAAGCAACAGCUGUAUGUGAGCUCCAAUGAAGGACUUGCCCAAGUGUCUCUGCAUCGCUGCCACAUCUACGGGUCAGCCUGUGCUGACUGCUGCCUGGCAAGGGAUCCUUACUGUGCCUGGGAUGGCCAUUCUUGCUCUAGGUUCUAUCCAACCGGAAAGCGGAGGAGCCGAAGACAAGAUGUGAGACAUGGCAAUCCACUGACGCAAUGCAGAGGGUUUAACCUAAAAGCAUACAGAAAUGCAGCUGAAAUUGUUCAGUAUGGAGUGAAAAAUAACACCACUUUUCUUGAGUGUGCCCCCAAGUCUCCACAGGCAUCUAUCAAGUGGUUGUUACAAAAAGACAAAGACAGGAGGAAAGAGGUCAAACUGAAUGAACGCAUCAUAGCCACGUCGCAAGGACUCCUUAUCCGCUCUGUUCAGGAUUCUGACCAAGGACUGUAUCACUGCAUUGCAACAGAAAACAGCUUCAAGCAGACCAUAGCCAAAAUCAACUUUAAAGUUUUAGAUUCUGAAAUGGUGGCAGUUGUUACAGACAAAUGGUCUCCAUGGACCUGGGCCAGCUCUGUAAGGGCUUUACCCUUCCAUCCGAAGGACAUCAUGGGGGCUUUCAGCCACUCAGAAAUGCAGAUGAUUAAUCAGUACUGCAAAGACACUCGGCAGCAGCAUCAACAGGGAGAAGACUCUCAGAAGAUGAGAGGGGACUACGGCAAGUUAAAGGCUCUCAUCAAUAGCCGGAAAAGUAGAAACAGGAGGAAUCAGCUGCCAGAGUCAUAA